AAUUAUUAUCAUUUAGAGAAAGUACGAAUAGUUAAAUAAUAUAUGGAUAUAUAUAUAUAUUAUUAUUAUUAUUUUAUGUAAUUAUUACACAUAAAUCUUUGAUCAAAAAAUCUCUGUGGAAGUCUGCAAAAGUGAAAUUUCCCCAACAUUGAUUUUCUCAACAAUGUGCAAGUGACACAUAACCGUUACAUAUCAUGGUAAGUACCAAGCAAUGAAAAAUCAGUCUACUGUUCAAUUGAUUAGAGUAUAUUCAUUUUAAAAAGGUAGAAUUCUAUAUUUAAGAUGCUGAUACUAAGAAUACCAGGAGAAGCUGUUAGAAUAGUUGUAUGGUCAUUUAUUAUAUGGAUUGUACUAUCAACCAUAAUACCACAAGCUUUAGUUAAAUACACAAAUAUCGAAAUACAAACAAAUAAAUAUACUAAGAAUACAUAUCCUUAUAAUUCAUUAACUUCUCCAACUCCAUUACCAAUCCAAAAUAGUACUGUAUAUUUCAUUGUUGGACAUCCCGAUGAUGAAGUAAUGUUCUUUUCACCAUCAAUUAUUGAGAUAUCCAAAGUCAAAUAUAAUAAUCAUGUUAAAUUAAUUUGUUUUUCAAAUGGAGAUUCUGUUGAUGAAUCUAUGGGUAAAAUACGAUCACAUGAAUUAUAUGAAUCUGCUAGAAUAUUAGGGAUUUCAGCUGAAGAUGUUAUAGUACUUGAAGAUGAAUUUAAAGAUGGAAUGAAUGUUAAAUGGGAUUCCAACUUAAUUAAACAAGCAUUGGUUGCAAAUGUCGAUAUGAAUGAUAUAGAAACACCAAAAGUAUUUAUUACAUUUGAUGAAAGUGGAGUAUCAAAUCAUCCUAAUCAUAUUUCAUUAUACUAUGGAACUAUAAAUUUCUUUAAUACUUACUUCAAAAAAUCAGAUAAUACUAAUAAAUUAAAUAGUAUUUUUGUAUUAAAAUCAUUAAACUUUUGGGAAAAAUAUAGUUUCACAUUACUAAAUAAUGUUGAAUUAUUUGUGGAUCAUCUUUCGAAAUUAUUAAUCAAUAAUAUAUUGAAAUUGAAUGCAAAUAUUAAUAUAACUUUCUUUAGUAAAAAGAAUUUUAAGAGUGCAUCUAUUUUUAUAUAUUCUGAUUUGAAUAUGUUAAGCGUUAGUUAUGCUGCCAUGAGUUAUGGUCAUUUCAGUCAAAUGGUGUGGUUUAGAUAUGGUUGGUUAAUAUUGAGUCGUUAUUUGACUUACAAUCAUUUAAUUCAAUUAGCUUAAUUAAUUUAUAAUAUUACAUAAUAUACAUUUACAUAUACAUCAUACAUUACG